GUUCACCAGUGAGAUCACAAAGUUUGAAAAGAUAUUGAGGAACCUGACGCCUGCUGGAGCACCCUGGAGCUGCUGGAAGGAGCUGCCCCCCAGGACCAGCCCAGUAGCCCCUGCAUGAGGGUGGAGGAGGGACAAAGCUUCAUCAAGAACGUCCGUCGGCGACUCAAGGACGAUGCACAGGCUCGGAAGGAGCGGGAGAAGAGGCGGCGCAGAGUCAUGUUGGAACAGCUGGAGGCACACGAGGCCCAGGAGGAGGUGUACCGGGAGGAGCAGCUGGUCACCAGGCUGAUGCGGCAGUCCCUGCAGGAGCGGCGGGUCAUCGUGCAGCUGAUGCACGUGCGGCACGAGAAGCACGUCAUGGUGCAGAACCGCAUCUUCCGCGAGAAGCAGUACGAGGAGCAGCGGCUGAAGGAGUUCAGGCAGUCCCUGGACCGAGAGGAGGUGCUGGCGCGACAGGAGAGAGUGGAGCAGGCAGAGAGGCGAGAGCGGGAGCGGGAGGUCCACGAGCGGCUGAUGGCUGACUGGGCCGAGCGACGGUUCCGCCGACAUUACCAGCUGUGCCAGGAGGUGGUGGCACACAUCCUCGACCUGGUCACCACCGUGUCCGAGUACCGGCAGCUCACCCAAGGCUUGAUUCCGAGCAAGGUGAUGAGGGAGUGGAAGGAGCUGUUUUUCACCCAGAUGCCGAUCUUUGAGCAGCCAGCAGCACCGCAGCAGGCUUCAGCCGAGAGUCCUGAGGACAGCAUUGAGCUGGCCAAGCAGCACUUGCUCAAUACCCAGGAUUAUGAAGACUACCAGCUGAUGAGAGGUGAAUGGCAGCCUCCUGCAGAUGGUGAUAUUCACGGCCCACCUCCAAAUAACAAUGUUCUGGGUCAUGCAGUCAACCGGAUCAUCGAGGCAGCCCACCCGACCAAGGAACCAAGCCCGCCACCACAGUUCCCCCCGUUCCCCAUCAAGGCCUGUAUACUGGGCAAACUGCACGCAGGUAAAACCACCUGCCUGAAGCACCUCGCACAAGCCCUGAAUAUCCGAGCAAUCAGUCCGGAGACCCUGCUCCAGGAAGCAGUGCGGGCCUUCGAUGAGGGUGAAACUGCGGAUCCCGGUGAGAGCCAGGGGGAUGAAGCAGAGGCUGGAAUGGAAAAAGUGCCGAGUGCUCGGGCCCAGCUGGGAGAGCACGCUGCCAAUCUCCUGAGGAAAGGCAAAAGUGUUCCUGACGAGUUAUUGGUGGAGAUGGUGACCGAGUGUCUGCGGCGACUGCCGGCAGAAUGUGGCUGGAUCCUCGAUGGAUUCCCAGUGACCAUCACCCAGGCCAAGCUGCUGGAGAAGGCACUGACUGGGCUCGACCCUGACAAUACCAUGCCAAAGACCAAGAGGUCCAGGACCAAACUGGCUGUGGACCCCAAGGCUUCCAAAGAGCCCCCCCCUCCCCAGCCUGCCCUGGACAUUGCCAUCCUCCUGGAGGUUUCAGACAACACUGUGCUGGCUCGCCACUCGGAAAGCACAGGUAGCGCCCAGCGUCCAGGGGCAGAGCAACGGUGCAGAGUGUGGGAAGUCAGUCACGCUGCUGGGGCUGAGAUCCAGAAACCAUCCAGCCCACAGGAACUCCAGGAGACCCCGGAUGUGGGUGAGAGCCUGUCGCCAGAGGAGGAGCAACUGUUGCCUCGGCUGACAGGUUUCCUGGACAACUGGUCCAAGCUGGAGAAGUGGUUCGAGGGGCAGCAGCAGAUCCUGGUGAAGGUGAACGGGGAGCUGGAGUGGAGCCAGCUGUUGGAGAAGCUGGAGUUCGUCCUGGUCAACGCCUUGUUCAAGAAGCACACCAGAGAUGCUGGGACUGAGAAGCCUUCAGAGAUAACUACUCCCGCCCAGGCUGAAACAUCUCCUUCCCAAGGACCUCAGGAGACGGCUCCAAAGGAUGGGAAUCUGGCAGGAAGUGGUUCUGCGAGUGGUCUCAGCUCUGCCAAAGAGAAGACUAAGGUGUCGCUUGGUGAUAAGCAGCAUAACAAAUCGGGCUCCAUUAGUCAGGCAGGGUCCGCCAAAGGCAAAAAGGCCAGGGAACAGAAGGGGAAAUCUGAACCACCACCAUCGGAGCUCACCAGUGAACCUGACAACACCCACCCCCCACCUCCAAAACCCGGCUCCGACCAGUGGGUCUACGUGGAUGAGCCGGUGCCCCAGGAGAUUGUCGAAUACCUCUCUCGUUACUGGAGCAGUAUUGAGGAGACGUACACCAGCACCAUCCACAGCGUGAUGCAGCAGCUGCGUGGUGAGCAACACCGCAUCAUCCACGGCCUGCACGCACUCCGGAAGGAUUUCCAGGAGUAUUUGGAGACUCGGCCAGACCACAAGCAGGAGUUUGUGUCCCAGUGGCAGGAAGACUACAACUCCAUGGCUGACGACCUGCGGGGCGAUGAGGACGUCAAAGCUGAACUGAUGCUGCGGCUGUAUACCCUGCGGGAGUGUCUCUGGGACAUCUCGGACAAGAGGAAGGAGGAAGCUGAGCGGGAGCGGCAGAACAUGAUGAGGAAUGGCUGGCUGCAGGAUCACCUGGCGAUCCUCCUCAACUUCUACACCACCCUGAUGCAGGCGGAGGUAGAUCGCUUCCAGGACACCGCCCGAUUCCUGCAGGAUUACUACAAAGGGAUGGAAGGGAAGAUCCCACUAGAAAACAGCAAGGAGUUUGCACGGAUCCCAUUGGUCAACGUGGCUGAUGUACAGUUACCCACCUCGGCAUCUCAGGAUAUCAGGAGUGUUCCCGAUUCCUCCCAGCCUGAUGGACAGAGGAAGCCAGAAACCAGCGGCUCAGGCACCAGGGGUGAGGAGGAGCAGGAGGGUGAACGGGAAGGAGGCCAAGAGCUGAAACAAUUCCGUGUUCCCGAUUCCUCCCAGCCUGAUGGACAGAGGAAGCCAGAAACCAGCGGCUCAGGCACCAGGGGUGAGGAGGAGCAGGAGGGUGAACGGGAAGGAGGCCAAGAGCUGAAACAAUUCCGAGUUCCUCUCGUUCCCUAUCGGAUUCCCUCGUCCAGCCUGGUAGUGAAGGAGAAAAGCAAGUCACCGGUCAAGGUGACCGGAAAGGCCAAGGAGGAAGUGGUGCUGACAGAUGCACCGCCCAUCACCAACGUCGAUGAGUAUCUGAUCUUCGAAGCCUAUCACACUGCAGCAUCGACUCUCUCAAACAUAAUCCAAAGAGAAGUGAAAGUCAAGGAGGACGAGGAGAAGAAGGAACAGAAGCUGAAGGAAGAUAAGGAGAGAGACCAGCAGAAAUCCUCGUCUGGAAAAGACAGGAAGAAAAAGUCUGCUGACAAGAAGAAAGGGCCCCGAUCCACCACCCCUCUACUGCCCACACUGGUGGAGAACCCAGAGGAAAUCAGGAGGAGGGAGCUGAGGGAGCGCAUCUACGCCGAGUACUUUGGAGCCCUGGAGGACGAGGCGGCUGCAGUCACCACCCGGCUCGAUCUGAUCAAACUCAAAGCUGUGGCGGCCAUCGAGGAUCUGAAGUCACAGGCAGGCCACAUCUUCACCUCCAUGGAAGACUGGCUCGGCAGCCAGUUCCUGCAGGAGAUGGACAGCAUCGCUGCCCUGCUCACUGUGGGACUGGAACACGUCCGAGCUGGGACCAAGAUCAAGCUGCGGCUGGAGCUCGGCAGCAAGGAGUUCUUUGUCAAUGGGGACGUGAGGUUGGUUGCCAGCCCUGCUCCCCCACCACGCCUGCCCUCCGAGGAGACCCCGACGGCCGGUGAGCUGACCAUCCGGCAGCUGUGGGACCUCCUGCGGCAGUUCCGCCUGCUGUUGCCUACAGGUUUAAUGACAAGAAGAGUGUUUAUCGAGACCUUGCAGGACCUGAUAUCACAGGAUCUUGGAUCAGACCACUUCCCUGAGCCUUGGUGUUCUGUCACAUAUCCACAGUUGGUGGAGGUGUCGCGGGUGUUGGCUCCCGACUCGGAUUUCCUCGACUGGCGACAGUUUCUGCUCUCGAUAGCUCAGCCGUGGCCCUAUCCCUCCCUGAAGGAGCUGCUGGACACCAAGAUGAGACUUCAGGCUGUGGACCAGGCCGGUAGUGGUCUCCUCACACAGGAACAGUAUGACCAGGUGAAGCUGUGGUUCACAGGUGACACCAACCAACAAGUCCCCGAGGAUCCAGUGGAGCCAAUUCCUUUUGACAGACUCGGACAGCUGAAGAAGGUUUUCUUUGCCAUGUUUGCCGACAGCAGUGUCCCUGAGCCCCGACUGGACUACAACAACAUGUUGCUGUACUUCAGUGGCCACCCGAACCCUGCCCAGGGGCUACACCAGGCUCUCAGCAUCACCUUGGGAGCCCCCCUCCCCUGGACACCCCCGUCCACCUCCAGCCUCCUCAAGUCAGAGCCAUGCGCUCCUCAGCACGUCCCCAAGAGAAGCCCGAUGCCGGAUGGAUCCCCAACCCCGGAUGAAUCCCUGACCUUGGCAGAGAAGGUGCCUCUGUCAGCACUGUUCCAAGUCGUGACCCACGGAGUCACUGAGAUUGGAGACAUCCAUCGGCACAGGAGUCAGGACGAGGAAUGGCUCCGUCACUGCAAGCAUUUCACCCAAGUCUACAAGGAGCUGGGAUCAAAGGAGCUGGAGCCACUUCCAUUCAACGUCUUGCUGAAACAUCCUGUCAUCAUGGACUUCAUCACCAACACUGCACUGUUCAGCCAGCCUGACGUCUGGGCUGUGGUGCAGAAGUGGUCUGUGGAAGGUGAGGGUGUCGCCAACAGCUCUCCUGAACCGUCGGUGGAAAUGGGUCCGAGCACUCCGACUGACGACACAGGGCCGAGACAGAGCCGACGGAGAGUGCCCAGGGUGUGAAGCUUCCAAUUGUAGCUGGCAUCACCAAACACCAAUAAACUCACAGAUACA